ACAGGGCAUAAGAUCCCUUCCCUUCACCCAAAGAAUGGGCGGUGACCUGAUUUUAACUGAUCACAGAUAAUGGAGUAGUGGGUCCCAUUUCACUAUUGAAGGAGAGAGAGAUAGUGGGGUCUCACAUAGCUAAAACCAGCUGCAGCCUGGUCUUCUUCAUAUUCCAUAAUCAUUAUUCUUUGCCCAAGAUCUAUAUACUGCAUACUACUCUUGUGCUUCUCUUUUAUCUUCUUUUUGUUCUUUUUCUUCUCUCAGUAGCAGAAAAGAGAAAGAAACAUAGAUAGAGACCCGUCCCUGAGUUCAUCGAAUAAAGAAAGCUCGUUGAGAUCUGGCUGAUUGAACUAGCAAAUGAUAAGAAGAUGGGGAGGAAAGGAAAAUGGUUUUCAAGUGUAAGGAAAGCUCUUACUCCUGAAUCAAAGGAGAAGAAAGACAAGAAAUCAAAUGGAUCAAAGAAGAAAUGGUUUGGCAAGGAACAAGAAGUGGAUUCUACUUCCACCCCUUUAGAAAACGUCAGAGCACUUUCACCUCCUCCUCCUGCGUCUCCUAUUAUUCCUCCUCAGCCAGAAGAGCUGAAAAUAAUUGAAGCAACAAAUGAUCAGAACAAUCAUGCCUAUUCUGUUCCAGUUGCCACUGCUGUUGAGGCUGCAGCUGAACCUGCUCAUCUUCCCGUUGAGGCCACAAUGGAAGUUCAACCUGUAAAGGUUAAUAAGUUUGCUGGAAAAUUAAAUGAAGAAGUGGCUGCAAUUAAAAUUCAAACAGCAUUCAAAGGAUACAUGGCAAGAAGGGCAUUGCGAGCUUUAAGAGGACUGAUGAGGCUCAAAUCAUUGAUGCAAGGGCCUACUGUAAAACGGCAAGCCACAUAUACACUUCGAUGCAUGCAGACCCUAGCCAGAGUGCAGUCUCAAAUUCACGCUAGAAGGGUCAGAAUGUCAGAAGAGAACCAGGCUCUCCAGAGACAACUCCUACAGAAACAUGCACAAGAGCUUGAGAAGUUGCGGAUGGGAGAGGAAUGGGAUGACAGCCUGCAGUCGAAGGAACAGAUUGAAGCUAACCUGUUAAACAAGUAUGAGGCGGCUAUGAGAAGGGAAAGAGCAAUGGCUUAUUCAUACACUCAUCAGCAAACCUGGAAGAACUCUUCAAGAUCUGCAAAUCCUAUGUUUAUGAACUCGGGCAAUCCCACUUGGGGCUGGAGCUGGUUGGAACGAUGGAUGGCAGCCCAUCCAUGGGAGAGCCAUAGCAUGACUGAAAAAGAACUCAAUAAUGGCCACUCAUCUGUAACAAAUGCAACCCGCAGCAUGAGCGGAGGCGAAAUCAGCAAGUCUUAUGCUCGCUACCAGCUCAAUUCUGAUAAGUUCUCACCCAUAGAAAGUGAAAAGGCAAGACAAACCAUGAGCCCACGAUCCCCUUCAACUUCUUCCAAGCCAGCUUCUUCUACAGUAGCUAGAAAAUUGAAGUCAGCAAGUCCAAGAAGCAGCUUUGGGGCUCCAGAUGAUGACUCCAGAAGCAUGGUCAGUAUGCAGUCAAAUCGAUAUAGAAGGCACAGCAUUGCUGGAUCAUCUGUGCGGGACGAUGAGAGCCUUGGUAGCUCAUCAACAGUCCCCAGCUACAUGGUACCUACUGAAUCUGCAAGAGCAAAGUCCAGGCUGCAAAGUCCGGUGGGAGCAGAAAAGAAUGGUACAACAGAAAAAGGAACUUUGGUGGCAGUGAAGAAACGGCUUUCUUACCCACUUUCACCGGCCAGACCAGCGCGGCAGUCAGGUCCAAGAAAGGGAGAGGGCAUCCCAAAUUCAGAAAGUGUUGUGGCCACUUGAGAGGACGAGUGUGAAACAAUUACAAUUCUUUAAAGACGCAAGAAAGAGAGGAAAAUGAGGGUCAUUCAAUUUCUGAAUCCUAUCCUGUUGUUGAUAGUAUUUAUUCAUUCCUGAGAAAGUGUUGUUUGGAAAAAUUAGUCUCUUAGGUUGUUUUACAAGUUGCUAUUUGUUCUUUUUCUUUUUUUUCUUAAUACUUGCUCUAAUUGGAUCUUGAUACUUAUAUUGUGAAUUUAUGACAAAAUAAUCUCCAUAUUGAUUCCGAGCA